AUGGGCUACAUCCUGCUACCGGGUGGAGAUCGCAUUCCCGCGGUUCCAGGCAAGUAUAGACUCACUACCCCACCCGAUUUGAACGAAGUCGCCGAAAAACGUUUUCUGCUGGAGUACGUGUCCCCCAUUCUUACCGUGCGCGAUUACCCCAUGAGCGGCAUCGGAUCAGUGCAGCGAGGCGAAGUGAGCAGACAGUUCUCGAUCUGGAAACGACACAACCCAGAGAUCGGAGGUGUCAUGUUUUUCCACUCCGCGGGCUAUCAGCUCACAACGAAGGCUGGGCGUGCUUGGCUCGUUCCCGAUGCUGCUUACAUGGAUGAAGCUACCUUCGCUCGCAUGAUGUCUGAUAAGAAGCUGUCGAAGUUGCCGUAUCCUCCAUGCGUCCCCGCUGUCGUUCUGCAACUCUUGACCGGGACGGACAACUUGGAAGACGCACAAGCAAAGGUGGCAGUCUUCAUGGAAGCAGGGACUCGCGAAGGCGUCAUUGUGGAUGCUCGAAAGGGCUGCGUAUGGAUCUACAGUCGAGAUCAAGACGAGCCGCGGUGCGAGUCGCUCGGCCCGAUCGCAUUUGACUCGAUGCGCAAGUUUACGUUGGAUUGUGAUGCGAUCCGCAGUGCGGUGGCCCAGGCUAGAAUGCUGUAA